AUGGUUGACCUUUCAGGCUUUUUUACUGAGCUGCCACCACCUCGCGCUUCAGUAUCUUCUUCCAGCGACAGACCAUUGUAUCUGUCGACCCAGGCCUUCUGGCUGGCCUUGUAUUUCUGUUUUAAUCUCGGCUUGACGCUGUACAACAAGGGUGUACUUUUGCGCUUUCCGUUCCCUUAUACCCUCACUGCCAUUCAUGCACUCUUUGGAACGAUAGGAGGUGCAUUACUCCUUCAUAACGGAUCCUUCUCUCCCAUCAAAUUGGAUCCUCAGGAGACCAUCGUUAUCGUCGCUUUCUCUGUACUUUAUUCCGUCAAUAUUGUUGUCAGUAACUUGUCCCUGCAGCUUGUCACCAUUCCUUUUCAUCAGGUCAUUCGCGCCGCGACACCCAUAUUCACCAUCCUUUUCUCCGCCUUACUCUAUGGGAAGCAGAGCAGCUAUGCCAAGCGAGUAUCUCUCAUACCAGUGGUCAUAGGCGUCGGUUUUGCGACAUACGGAGACUAUUAUUGCACCUUGUGGGGAUUUAUUCUAACACUCCUUGGCACUGUCUUGGCCUCUCUCAAGACUAUAUUUACCAACGUUCUCCAGGCCCCGAGAUCGCGACAUCCAUCACCAUCCCAAAUUCCUUUAUCUAUCAUCCAUUCUAUCCGGCGACCUCAACUACAUUCCCUCGCACUGCUACACGUUCUUUCACCUUUAGCUUUCAUUCAGUGUGUACUCUUGGCACAUUUUACUGGAGAACUUGCAAAUGUCCGUCACUAUGCCUCAAAAGAAAUGUCAUUUUCCGAAGCUUGCGCCCUUGCGCUUAACGGCUGCAUCGCGCUUGGUUUAAAUAUCGUUAGUUUUACUGCUAACCGAAAAGUGGGUGCACUUGGUAUGACUGUUGCAGCCAAUGUCAAGCAGGUCUUGACAGUUUUAUCAGCUGUCUUGAUGUUUGAUUUGACCAUAAGUACGGCAAAUGGCAUAGGUAUAGUUCUGACGCUGAUUGGAGGAGCGUGGUAUGCUCAAGUUGAAUUUAUGGAACGAAAGAGAGGGUCAACUGGACAGCCAAACAUAUGA